AUGGGAGAUCUUCUCAUUAUGAUUCGGCUUGUUCUCCGCGACAACACUCGGGAACAAGUCACGCUUUUCCUGCAGAAGCUAUCCGCCCGCGUGGUUUCCGACUACUAUGAGAGAAGGGCAGGAUCGCUCGAGCACGAAAACCAGGCUCUGAAGGACAUGUGCGGUCCCGAAAUGCAAACACGAGUCAAGAAGUAUGAGCAGGAAAUCGCCGACCUCCAGUCUGCUUGUGAAGCUGCUCGAAGCUCCGCUGCUGAAACCACGCCCGCUGGCGAUGUUCAGAAACUUCAGAACGAGCUGACAGUGCUCCGUGCAGAAAACAUGAUUCUUCGUAGAAAAGGGGCGCGUGGAGACGCUGCAGGCGACAUCGCUCAGCUCGAAUACGAUGCUCAGAAGGAUGGGGCAGAGGCGGAUCCACUGAUCAUUCAGGAUUUAUCGCGGACCGUUGAGGAGCUGGAGAGACAAGUUGAGGUCCUGAAAAAUGAGAAUGAGCUGCUCCAAACGCAGUUGGUGGCUUGCGAAGAAGAAACAGCGAAAGGCGGCAGCAUGGCAGCCGCAGCAGACAUAGGCGCUGCAAAGGCUACUGGCGGAGCGGCCGCGAAGAUGGUACAGCAGCUGCAGCAGAAGAAUAAAGCGCUCGAAUCACAAGUCGAGCCGAUGAAAAAGAGAAUUCGGGAGCUGGAAAUGGCUCAAAAACGAGCUGGCGGUGGCGACGAGCAGAGAGUGAAGGAGCUUGAGAUGAAGCUCAAGGAUGCUGAGGCUGAAAACCGCAAACAACAGAAACAGUUUGAACUCGAGCUGUCGAAGAGCUCCAAGGGAAGCGGCAUGGAGCUGAAGAAGCUGGAAAAUCAGGUGCAGAAGUUGACAGAGCGUGCAGUUAAUGCGGAGACUGCCCUGGAUGCAACAGACAAGCAGCUCAAAGAAACGUCGAAAGAACGCGAUGGCCUAAAGAAGGAAGCUGAGGAGAUGAAGAAGCAGAUGGGAGCGGCUCAGGUAAUUGCUGCUGAAGUGGAGACUCUCCGAGGCGAGACUAAAACUCAAAAGGCAAAGCUGACUGAGCUCGAAGAAAGCUACAAGCAAGAGAAGUUCCUGCGGAAGAAAUACUACAAUGAGAUCGAAGAUAUGAAAGGCAAGAUCCGUGUGUACUGCAGAGUUCGGCCAAUGGCAAAGUACGAGAUCGAGAAGGAAUGCAAGCAGUCUGUCUUUCCUGUCGACGAGUAUUCCGUCAAAGUGCUUACAUCCAAAGGUGACAAGGAAUUCAUGUACGACAGAACGUUCCCCCCCGAAUGCACACAGGAAGAGGUUUACGAAGACACGAAACGCCUGAUUCAAUCCGUCAUUGACGGUUUCAACGUGUGCAUUUUCGCUUACGGACAAACAGGGUCCGGAAAAACCUUUACGAUCCAGGGUGGAGCGGGCAAUCCUGGUAUCGCGCCAAGGGCGAUCAACGACCUGUUUGACACGCUAGACGGUUUUGAGAAAGGCAAGUUCAAGUAUGAAGCCGAAGUCUAUAUGUGCGAGCUUUACAACAAUCAGUUGAUAGACUUACUCCUUCCUGAAGACAAGAAGAAAACCCCCCCGGCUCUCGAGAUUAAGAAAGACGCGACGGGCAUGGUUACGAUCCCCGGAAUUACGCUGAAAAAAGUUGCAGAUAAGGAAACGCUCGCCAAAACGUUUGCCUGGGGCCUGGAUGCUCGUCACGUUAGUGGCACUGCAAUGAACGCAGAAUCCUCUCGGUCUCAUCUCAUUUUUUCGGUUAUCGUCCGGGUCGAAGAUCUUGUGGCCGGAAAACGCGCAAGCGGAAAACUGUCGCUUAUUGAUUUGGCUGGCUCAGAAAGAGUCAGCAAGAGCGGUGUAACAAAGGAGCGACUUGUGGAAGCAAAAGAAAUUAAUAAAAGUCUGUCGGCACUCGGAGACGUGAUUUCGGCGUUGUCCUCCGGAGAAACGUUCAUCCCGUAUAGAAACCACAAGCUCACUCAACUUAUGAGCGACUCUCUCGGCGGCACCGCGAAAACUCUCAUGUUUGUCAAUAUUUCUCCCGCUGACUACAAUACGGACGAGACGGUGACCUCGCUGAUGUAUGCGUCCCGAGUCAAGCUUAUCACCAACGACGCCUCCAAACAAGUGGAGUCGAAGCAGAUGGCGGCACUGAAGGACAAGGUGAAGUAUUUGACCAAAGCAGUGGAGAAACUCAAGAAGGGAGAGGAUAUUUCAGAGCUCGAGAAGAAAUUUGCAGAGCAAGAAGCAGCAGACCCAUCUGAGCCUGAGGGGCCUCCAUAUACAGAGAAGGAUGAAGAUUUUGAAGAGCCACCAGAUUUGCCGGCCGAUUGA